AGUUGCUGGUGUAACAAGAUGACUCCCUGUAGUACAGGAGUCGAUGUAAAAGAGAGAGCCGACGCCUGGUCGCUUGUGUAAGAGGUAGAUGUGAAGCAUCACGUGUGCUGAAAACAAGAUGUCGAUCGCAAAUCGGUUGCAGUCCAUUCACCGAGGUGUGACUGCCGAUAGUCAUGCUUGCAGUGAUAUCCAUGAGGACCAGCUACUUAGCUCUCACGUUUUGUCUCGACACUAGUGGCUCACCUGGGCGCGUCGCUUCGCUUGUGGCUGCGAACAGCCAGAUAAUUUUCCAAAUGUUGCAUGCUAAAAGAAACGCUUUUUAUACGCGAGCAGUAAAUCAUUCUGCACUUACGCAAAACGUGAGAAGUAUGUGCUGCCUGUUUUCCUAGAGCAUAAGGCAAAAGCUGCUCGGAAUAUUGCCAGAGCUCGCGGCCACCGUGGAUGCUCGACUUGCAGCUAAAACAUGUAGUGGGAACACAGCGCUAGGGUCUUCGAUCGGCGUUGCGCCGCCGCCACCACGAUACUCAGCGACUAGUGCAGCAUGGAAGCAAGAUCAUCAUUCACUAGGGCGAGAAAAAGAAGCAACGCCUGUGACCGGACUACACGGCAGGAGCAAAAACCGCUCCUCUCACGAAGAUCUUUCCUGGCAGAUCGAUCUUGCGCUCUGCUUGUCGGCGCUAGCGAAGACCGGUGCGGCAGCUUCCAGCCCCAAAGCGAGGAGUCUCUGGCGAGGAGCUCAUGCAUUCUGCGCGAAAUUUGCACCGCUUUGCGCCACACGACAGCUUGCGCUACUGUGUCACGCGUUCGCCAGCGCACAGGAGAAGUGCCCAAGACUUUUUGUGUCGUGUGCUCACGACAAGAAUAGAGAGAACAGCUACGCGGAUGUGCAAGAUGGGACAAUGACUGCGCCCUCGUUUUUUGCCGUUGCGGCAGCGGAGAUGGAAUUCAGGGCGGAUCUAAACGACAUCGACUUUGCGACGCUGCUCAACGCCUGUUCAAAAGCUCGCGCCACAGACACUGACCCCGCGGUAGCGCAGACCCUCGCCCGGUUGGUGCAGCACCGCAAACCUCCCACUCUGGCCCGCGCUCUUGCGAACGCGUGCCACGCCAUCGUGCGCCUCGAACUUCCGAACCAGCACCGAAUAUUGGAUAAAGACUAUGCAGACCGCAUUUUGAGUCAGGCCCCGAGCUUCAGUCCGCAAGAGCAGGCAAACCUUUUGUUUGCGCUCGGUACGGUGGGCGCGCUCCCAAAGGCGGCAGCCAACGCGGAAGCAAAUAGUCCAGGAGUCAUCAGUCCCCGUGGUGCGAACAAUGAGGUACUUCUACGUCGUAACAACAUUUUUUCCAGCUUCGUUGUCACUUCCGAUGCAGGUCAUACUGGUGACGCAGCUGCGGAGCAAACGCUUCCGCCUGUUUUGGGAAACGUGACCACGCGGGGUGGCGAGUGCGGGACCAGCAGAAGUCGGCCAGCACCGACCCCUUCGUCGGACAAGCGAGUGGAAAAGAUGCGACAGGCGCUAUGCUUGGGCCCUGACGCCUGCGAGCCCGGUCGGCUGGCGACUGCCGUCAGGUUAAUGGACUACCUUUGUUAUCAUGCGCACUUGUGUCGUCGAACUUCGCAGAUCACGGGAAAGAGAAGCUUUUUCACUGAUGCACGGAUCGAAAUUUUUCAUUGGGUUGGAACCGAGUUUAGUAUCGAACGCAUCCACGCAUGUCAAGGACUUCGGAUGCGCACGCUUGCAGGAUAUCAAUUUCCGAUUUUUUGUUUUUCCGCGACAGCAAUAGAAUAAAGCGGAAUCGGAAUGAUUCUUACUACAUGGCACAGUAUCUUCACGCAUUUUUGAAGGCACAGAUGUGGCAAGUUUGCAUUGCUCCAGGCGGCCCACUCGACAUCUUCACAUUUGCACCAGUGCAUAGACGCAAAACUCCGCUGCAGCUCUCGGAUAUGAAGCCCUUGGAGCUUGUGCAGGUGCUGUGUGCCUGCUCCAAGGUGAUUCUGUACCUACCAGAGGUGCACAGCAUUCUGUUUGCGUUGUUCCAGAAAGCCGUAUCACCUGCAAAGAAUUCCCGUGUCAAUCUGGUGAAACAUUUAAAUGGAUUUGUGACCCAGUCUGUAGUACGUGAAGACCUAAAAUGCAGCAUACACAGAGUACUACAAAGUGCUGUCCUUUUUGCAGAUACAUGUUUAUUUGUAGAGGUUUUUGAAUGAGUGUAGAUUCGUCCGUGAAAAAUCUUGCCGUGGCUGUGCAAUCAAAAGGCAUCAUCUUUUUUAGAGCCCACUUUUAAUGUUCCAGGACCAGCUCGAUACGAGUAAUGUGCCCGGCUGAUAGAGCGAGGUGGUUAUUGUGAGGAAAAAUCCCCCUCCCCAUACUACCAGAACGGGAUACUUCUCAAAAUUUGUGAUGCUGAUUUGAGGUCACAAACCGUCUCUGUAUUGCAAGAAGACAAAUAAAAAACCCCGCCGCGUUCUGCAGGCAAUUUGUAAUGCUGUCUGGCCUACAGAGAAUGUCCCUACCUUGCUGAGGGCCUACGCCAAAACAUCCUUAGUCCAGCUUUGCAUCUGUCUGCAGUCCUCUACUGCAAGACAAAUCCGAUUUGUGUACACAAAUCCCGCGUCACAGAUUUCCAUUUCGAUAUGGGGUGGGGGGAUUUUUCCUUUUGAUAGUGGUGCGGAAACUGACCGGGAUGGAGCUCGCGAUCGUGGCAAACGCGUUGACCCUAUCAAAUGCAAAAAUGUCUGGGUCUGGAAAAGUGUAAAUUUGUCAUGCAGAUUUUCCAUGAGCCUGAGCCAUGAGGUCUGGAAUGCGGGACUUAGCAUGAAAGACCCUGCGAGGUCUCUGCAAUGCCUAUCCUGCGUGACAAACUCCCUUCCAUCUUGGUCAAAAGUGGACAGCUUUUGGCACUCACGCAAUACAGAUUUUUGCAUGCUUCAGAUUGACCAUGACAAGUUGCCACCUUCCAGACCCAGACACUUUUGCACUUGAUAGACCCGGUGGCCCAGCUCCAGUAA